AUGUUUUCACAUCUUUCCUUCGACUGUGUCCUUCUGUGGCUGCUACUACUUACAAGGUCUUUGGAGGGGUCACCCACAGCCACGGUGGGUCAGAAUGCUUAUCUGCCCUGCCACUACUCUCCAACCACCUCUGAGAACCUCGUACCUGUGUGCUGGGGCAGGGGAUACUGUCCUGUCUUUCAAUGUCAGAAUACAGUGCUCAGCACUGAUGGAAGGGACUUGAGCUAUCAGAGAUCCAGCAGAUACCAGCUAAAGGGAAAUGUCCACAAAGGAGAUGUGUCCUUGACCAUAGAGAAUGUGACUUUAGCUGACAGUGGGACUUAUUGUUGCCGUAUCCAAUUCUCAGGCAUAAUGAAUGAUAAAAAAUCAAACCUGAAUUUGGACAUCAAACCAGCCAAGGUCACCCCUGCUUGGACUUCAUGGAGAGCCUUCACUACAGCCUUUCCAAGGAUGUUCACCACCGAGGAACAUGGCUCAGCAGAGACACAGACUCUGGAGACCCUCCAUGAUAAAAAUCAAACACAAAUAUCCACACUGGCAGAUGAGUUACAAGACUCUGGUUACAAGACAACCAGAAUAAGUGUCUAUAUUGGAGCAGGGAUUGCUGCUGGGCUGGCUCUGGUUCUUAUCUUUGGUGCUUUAAUUCUCAAAUUUUCAGGCACUCACCGUGAUCUUUAUCAGUUUUCUCUGCCUGGAAUGCUCCUUCUGGCUCUGGCUGACUUAUUCUCCUCUUUCAGAGCUGACCUUCAAAGGUAUUCUCAUAGGAAAGAGAAGUUACAGAAUUCCAGCCUCGUCACUUUGGCCAACCUCCCUCCUCCCUCAGGGUUAGAAAAUACAGUAGCAGAGGGGAUGCACUCAAGGGAAAACAUCUAUACAAUUGAGGAGAACCUAUAUGAACUGGAGGACCCGUCUUCGGAUUACUGCUAUGUUAUUAGUGGGCAGCAAUUCUGACAACCUCUGGGUCGUCACCCUUCUAUGCCAUCAGACCUAGCUUCAUUUGUGAGCUUGUAUUGUCUUCUUUGAAAGCUAUCAGAUGUGUCAGCUGAUUGACUUUAAGGUUCUGCCUGCAGCUACCCAGCAUUCUUUAUGCAGUUUCUGAAGAUAAGCUCACCAAAGGAUUGAACCAUGAUCUACCCAGGACUCAGACUUGUUACUCCCUUACCUCUGCAUUCCAGCCAACUGGUUAGUCAACUCAGGGCACUAGAAUUCAAAUGAGCUUCUCUGUGAAGUAGGAAUUCUUAAUGUGGGGUCUCCUGAAUUCCAGGACUUUCAGUUCCAUGUGUCCACGAAGCUCCAGAAACUGGGGGAAAUUACGUGCUGACAUGUAUGCAUGCCUUUUUUUGGUACAGAAAGUCUAAAGGGGCCACCGAUUUCAAAGAGAAGGGUGACUCAUAAAAGAUGAAAAAACUGGAGUAGACUAGAUGGCCUUGAAGGUUUCCUUUGAGUCUCAACAUUUAAGCUUCUUUGAAUGAAGUCUCUCCUACAGAUACCAACUUACACUCUCCCUCUCCAGCGAAGAAGCUGGCCCAGCAAGCCAUGGUGUGACAGGAGCUCCUGGGGGGAAAAGGAAGUGCACUCGUGUAUGUUGUCAAGUUCUGCUUGGGGUGAACUCAGAGGGAAAUGUCUCUGACCAACUUCUCCAUUCAAGGAGAGAACCGGGGCCAUGUUUUUCACAGAAGAAGAAGCAGUGACUGGGAUGCCUAUUCCAUUUCCUGGUGGAAGGAAGACGAAGGGCUGCAGCAAUCUGUACUUGUCAGCCUCAGAUCCCUUGGAGGAAAGACAGUGGUCCCUAAGCUUCCAUUCCAAGACUGUGGAGACUAGCUCUGCCUGUCUUAUUUGUUGUCUCUGCUCUCACACAUAAUAGAAAUUUAUUAAAUAUUUUUGGAGUGAAAACCUUAAAUAUGCAGAGAGGUAGCUUUCUGGAAAGCCCUUCCAUUGGGGCGCUCAGACAGAGCUCUGCCACCUCACUUCUUGGAGAACACACAGACCCUAAGCUCCAUCUGUGCUCUUGUGUAGACAAAAGUGGCUGUUUUCAGACAGUGACAAUAUGCACCUGUCACUGUCUAAAAACUGCCCCUCCCUAAGUGAUGACUAAAUUGCUGCUGUGCUGUAUGCCAUGAUGUUAGUCACCUGGAGGGAAGUGACUUCAGAAGACACUUAGACAAGAUCAGUGGUUCCCCUCCAAAGGAGAUUCUUACCCUACAGAAAUCUUUAAACAAGGGUAUGUAUACCCAGAUGAUCAUUGCAAUGAUGUUUGCAAAACCUUUUUUCAUUGAUAGGGGAAUAGUUGAUUAUUGUGGUCCAUCAGCACAGUGGUGCAGGUAAGAAGAAUUAGGUGGUUUCAUCGUUGAGCUGUUUUGCUAAUUUAACAAAUAUUAAUUAGUGCUUACUAUGUGCCAGGUAAUCUGAUGCUGAGACCAGCGAGAGAGACCAAAUAGAUGCAUCCCUGACCCCAUGGAACUUCUAGUCUGACAGGCAGGAGAAUUCGUUCUAUCCAUUCACUGUUAACAUUUACUGGCAUCUACUUUGUCAGGCACUGUUUUAGUCCCUAGGAAUACAACAGUGAUGAAACCCUUAAUCUGACAAAGCUUAUGUUACUUGUCAGAGGGAAAUGCUAUAUUGCUAAAUCAAAAGAAAAAAACAUUCUAGAACAGUAUAUAUAAUUGAUGAAUUAUUUUUUUACCUUUAAAAAAUCUGGAAGAAUAUACCCAAAUUAAUAUGGUUACCCCACAGCGACAAAUGGUUAAGAGAUAGACUCAGCCUGGCUGGUGUUGCUCAGUGGUUAAGCAUCGACCUAUGAACCAGGAGGUCAUAGUUCGAUUCCCUGUUGAGGCACAUGCCUGGGUUGCAAGCUCGAUCCCCAGUGUGAGGCGUGCAGGAGGCAGCUGAUCAAUGAUUCUCUCUCAUCAUUGAUGUUUCUAUCUCUCCCUCUCUGUUCCUCUAUGAAAUCAAUAAAUAUAUUUUUAAAAAAGAGAGAUAGACUUGCCCUAGCUGGUUUGGCUCAGUGGAUGGAGUGUUGGCUUGCGGACUGAAGGGUCCUGGGUUCGAUUCCAGCCAAGGGCACAUGCCUGGGUUGCAGGCUUGAUCCCCAGUGGGGGCCAUGCGGGAGGGGGCUGAUCAAUGAUUCCUUCUCAUCAUUGGUGUUUCUAUCUCUCCCUCUCCC